AUGACGUCCACCUGCACCAACAGCACACGCGAAAGCAACAGCAGCCACACGUGCCUGCCCCUUUCCAAAAUGCCCAUCAGCCUGGCUCACGGCAUCAUCCGCUCGAGCGUGCUGCUCAUCUUCCUCACCGCCUCCUUCGUCGGCAACAUAGUGCUGGCGCUCGUGUUGCAGCGCAAGCCGCAGCUGCUGCAGGUCACCAACCGCUUCAUCUUUAACCUCCUCGUCACUGACCUGCUGCAGAUUUCGCUCGUGGCCCCCUGGGUGGUGGCCACUUCCGUGCCUCUCUUCUGGCCCCUCAACAGCCACUUCUGUACCGCCCUGGUGAGCCUCACUCACCUGUUCGCCUUUGCCAGUGUCAACACCAUCGUGGUGGUGUCCGUGGAUCGCUACCUGUCCAUCAUCCACCCCCUCUCCUACCCCGCCAAGAUGACCCCGCGCCGGGGGUACAUGCUCCUCUACGGCACCUGGAUCGUGGCCAUCCUGCAGAGCACACCCCCUCUCUACGGCUGGGGCCAGGCUGCCUUUGACCAGCGCAAUGCCCUCUGCUCCAUGAUCUGGGGGGCCAGCCCCAGCUACACCAUUCUCAGCGUGGUGUCCUUCAUCAUCAUUCCACUGGUGGUCAUGAUUGCCUGCUACUCCGUGGUGUUCGGUGCGGCCCGGCGGCAGCAUGCUCUGCUGUACAACGUCAAGAGCCACAGCUUGGAGGUUCGGGCCAAGGACCGUGUGGAGAAUGAAGUUGAAGAGGGAGAGAGGAAGGAUGCGAUCCGUGGCCAGCAUGGAGGUGAGGUCAAGGUCCAGGAGGGCGGCGUGGAGGCCAAGGAAGGGAGCGUGGAGAGCAGUUCGGGGAGCACGGCCCAGGGCAGCGAGGGGGUCAGAGAAUGCAGCUCGGUGGUGGCCGGGGAAGGCAGCGCGGAGGGCAAGGAAGAGGGCAGCCUGAAGGCAGACAAGGGCCGCACGGAGGAAGGCCAGUGCAACAUCGACCUGGGUGAAGAUGACAUGGAGUUUGGCGAGGAGGCCAUCAAUUUCAGUGAGGAUGACAUCGAGGCCGUGAACAUCCCAGAGAGUCUCCCGCCCAGUCGCCGAAACAGCGCCAGCGACCCUCCUCUGCCCAGGUGCUACCAGUGCAAAGCUGCGAAAGUGAUCUUCCUCAUCAUUUUCUCCUACGUGCUGUCUCUGGGGCCCUACUGCUUCCUAGCAGUCCUGGCUGUGUGGGUGGAUGUCCAAACCAAGGUACCCCAGUGGGUGAUCACCAUCAUCAUCUGGCUUUUCUUCCUACAGUGCUGCAUCCACCCGUACAUCUACGGCUACAUGCACAAGACCAUCAAGAAGGAAAUCCAGGAUAUGCUGAAGAAGUUCUUCUGCAAGGAAAAGCCCCCAAAAGAAGACAGCCACCCAGACCUGCCGGGAACAGAAGCCGGCACAGAGGGUGGGACCGAAGGCAAGACCAUCCCUUCCCAUGAUUCUGCCAUUUCGCCUUGA